UGCUUCCCAGAUGGACACCUACACCAAAACAGGGAAGGUUUACCUCCAAUCAUACAAAACUGGCAAAAACUGGAAGACAGUGUUGUUGUCUCUGUUUGCCUCCAGCAGUAGAGAAGUGGGUCGACUGGAGAUCCAGAAUAUGGGAGGUGGUGGUGCAGAAGUGAAUCAUGGCACCGCAGUCAGGAGACACCACCAGCCUCCAGGGGAAAAAAAGCUGAAGGUGGUUCAACUGUCCAAGCUGAUCAGCGUUGUCAGACUGCCUUCAAACGCUGAGGCCUGCCCGAUGGAGAAAAUGUCUGCAUUUUGUGUGGAAACACAGGACAGAACAUUGGUGUUUGCUACACUCAAAGACGACUGUGUGGACUGGGUAAAAAAACUGUGUCACAGCAUGUUUCAGGGAGGAGGUCCCUCAGGCUCAAAUCAGCAUCAUUUGGAGGAGAACCAGAUAUAUGCCUCAUCAGAUGAAGAAUUCUGGGUUAUAGUUCAGAGGACGGAUGCAGCAACAAGUUGUGGUCUACAGGGGUUUGCCUGGCUGCAGGUGGGACAGGAGGCACUUCAGCUGAGAGAAACACAGAGAAAGAAGAUUGUCAUGGUGUGGCCUUAUGAACUGUUGAGAAGAUAUGGAAAAGAUAAGCUGACUUUAACCAUUGAAGCAGGGAGACGCUGUGACUCUGGUCCUGGAACAUUCACAUUCGAGACACCGCAGGCUGAGAAUAUAUUUUUCCUGAUCCAGAGCACCAUCAACCGAAAGACUUUAGCUAUUACAACAGGUAACCAAAAUCAAGAGGGGAAGAAAGUUAUCACAACAUAUAAACAGACCAACUGCCCUAUCCCCAAAAUACCUGAUAUGAUCGGUAUGGCUAUUGUGGAGAGGGACCUGAGGACAGAGGAGGGGAAAUGUGGAGCUCCAAAAGAGAGUGCUCCUAUUCAAGGAGAACUGGUUUCACAAUCAGAAUGUGGAUCAGCACAGCCAGCUCCUAUCACCCUCAUGUCUCUGCCAUUGGUUCCCACAAAUGAGAGCCUCUGUGGAGGUCAUCAACAUUGCCAAUCAGACCCUGUAUAUGCUGACCCAGCAGAAUGCAUUCAGUCUGUAUCAAAACUACAACUGUCCUUGGCUCUGUAUGUGGACCCUGCAGUUGUUCUUCCACUCAAACCCCCCACUUCAAGAGCAACUGUUGCUCCCCUUCCUGGCUCCUCAAUGUCUCAUACUUGCUUUGACAUGGAUUACCCAGAUUCAGUUUACUCAGAGGUUUAUGACAGAGUUGGUCCAGUCCAAAUUAAACAUCUCAUCACCCAGGGCAGAGAAAAUACAAAGUGUUUUACAGAUGAUGACGACCCCAUUUAUACUGAGCCUUUGAAUGAGAAGGAGAAGAUCUUACAUAAUACUGAAAACACACAUGACCCAUUUGCCCACCUGUAUGCUCAAGUAUGCAAGUCAACUUGUCCCUCAACAUCCUCUAUCACCACCCCUCCCUGCUCUGCUCCCUCUUAUGCUGUUACUGGCAACACAUCAGAAACAAAUGACAUGGACCUGGCACUUGAUGAUGUCAUAAUUUAGGUAAUCAUUUUCCAGGGGUGGGAAGUAGCGAAGUACAAAUACUUUGUUACUGUACUUAAGUAGAUUUUUCAAAUAUCUGUACUUUGCUUGAGUAUUUAUUUUGUUGACGACUUUUUUCUUUUACUCGAUACAUUUAAACACAAGUCUCGGUACUUUCUACUUCUUAUAUUCUUGGCUCGUAACCUGAGAAGCAGAAGUUGGCGCAACGCGCGCCUUUAUGCACGGCUAACCUCUAUCUCGUUCAUUCGCCUGCCCGCUGCCUCGGGAGAUGAAUAGGCUCGGCGGUGUUUGCCGUCGGGGGGCAGCGCAAGACCCAAAGCGUCCGGAGGUUGGUUGGUCGACCGGGGUCGAGAAGGCCAUCCCGGUAAUGAUCCCUCUGCAGGUUCCCCUUCAGAAACUUUGUUACGAGUUUUACUUCCUCUAGAUGAUCAAGUUUGAUUGUCCUCUCGGCACUCAGCCUGGGCUGGACCAAAUCUGACAGAGCCGAUCCGAGGACCUUACCAAACCAUCCAAUAGGUAGUAGCGAUGUGUGUACAAAGGGCAGGGACUUAAUCAACGCACGCAUAUUCCCCAUCCAUUUAUUACCUUUAGAAUAAUACAGGGGCUCAUGCAGGAAAUAAGUUCAGUUCAGCCUUUCUUAUUCUGUAUGAAAUUUGACCUGCAACUAAACUAGACUGUGUCCAGUGAUUUGUAUCUUCUGUGUAGGGGAGAGCAGGGUAAUGUGGGACAUUUUUUACAUUUGCUCCAUUCUAGGUGAGCUAAAAUGAUAUAUCAGUAAAAUUUACACAUUUCCCAUUAAUUCAGGAUGUUUUCUAGCAAUGGAAAUGAUCAGAUCUCUUGCACACCCUAGCUUACCUGCACAUUGUUUCUCUGUCCAAUUGGCAGGGACAGGGAUAUUGUUUUUCUCUGCCUAUUCAAAUGCCAGUUCACGGCACUUAACUGGAGCAAGGCCAUGGAACUGGUCAGCUAGUUGUUUCAAGUGUUUGGCAAGCUCCUCCUCCAUCUCAUCUGUGAAUAUUAUUUUUACCUCAGCUACUGCACCCCAGUAGCCUGGAUGCCAGACGAACUUAGCCCCGCCCACAAAAUUUGAGGUCGGGAAGUUCGGUCUAGAGUCACUCCGUUGGGGAGAAAUUAUGCCCGGACCAAUCAGAUUGUCAGGGCGGGCUUUAUACGAUGAUGGACAGAUGAUCAACGGUAACGUAAUCAACCACGUCAUCAAAGUGCCCUUGGGUUGAAUUCUUUUUCAACAAACAUGCCUGCCACUGGAGAGCUGAGAUGUGUAGAUGCUGCCAUUGAGUCUGUUUUAGAAGACAUCUACAGCGCAUUCAUUGUGAAAGAGGAACACAGAACGUGGAGGCGACACCAAAGCACCACGAUAAUCCCUAUCGCGCCGGCGCUUGGCUGUUCACACCGGACACUGAAGUGACGCUGAACCGCCGGGCAGCGCUAAUAAUAUCACCCGUUGAUCCAGUAGAUUAAAAGCAUAUACUUACUUAUUGCUCCAACAUUAAGCAACAGCGUCCCAACAUUUGUCUUUCUUGGUGUUGUCUUUAUACAACAUGUUCCGAGGAUCAUACAACUCACUGCACUUCUCCACUUCAAUUAUUAAUUUAAUGUCAUCCAUGUUGAAGAACUUCUCCGCUGUUCUAUGUGGAGAAUACGUAGUCCCCCCCCUCUCUCUCUUUUUAUCUGUAUCACUGCUUGUGUGGCUGUAGUGGAUGGGCAGAGGGGGACAUUUAAUAAUGUCAUUGGUCAAAUUAAAACUCCAGGACAACAGAAGGGGACUUCAAAGUAUGGGAUGCAUAUUUGAUCAUUUAUAUCAUAUAAAAUAUGUCAUCAAUAUAGUUUAAUAUCGUUUUUCAGUGUGUUUCUUGGUGAGAUACACUCGAGUCAAGCGCAAAAAAUAGACUCGACGCCGAAACGAUCGCUGCACGGCGCGAGGCAGCCUUCGCGCAGUGCAGCAUUUCAGCCUCUUGUGUGACCCACACAAAGUUUUAACAUGGGAGUGUAUGGGAGCCAGCUGUUAUUUAAGGCUUGACGCUGCGCUGAAGGGUCACUUCGGCAUCGCUUCAGCGUCCGGUGUGAACCCGGCAUUAGUAAAUAACUCACAAUGCGUUGCUUAGCAUACGUCACAUACUACGUUGCUCUGAUUGGUUAUAGGUCUAUCCAAUUGACCGAAAAGGAAUUUUAUUUCCUGGACAGUUGAAACACGUCCGAUAAUCACAGCCCAAUGGAGCGGUCUCAGACUCACAUUCUGACUAGAAUUGUGAGUCUGACAACGUCAGGCUAGCACCCCAGGCUACUGAUUUUAUUUUCCCUUUCUCUUUUUUCUUUAUGAAUCUUGUAGGGUUGUCUUAUCAAUAUUUCUAUCCCAUCCAGCUUUUCUGAAGGACUUCUUUCCUUGCAUGACCUCAGCGGCUACACUCUCCAUCUCUGCGAGGGGUGGUUGGCCCCAGGUUUUCCUCCUGGUGUAUAAUUUCUUGGCAUGAUGGCUUUUCCACAAUGUUUAUGACUUUAAAAAUAAAACAUAUAUAAUGUAAUAUAACACUUAACUUGUGCUUCAUGGUGCACAGCAUUUGUCCCACUUUACCCCUCAGCCACCGUUUUAGAAAAAACAGCAUCUCUUAGCAAUUCAGGCUAAUCUUCAGCUAGCAUCAAUCACAUGUUUUUUUAUGUUGGAAGUUCACCAACAUGUAUGAUACAAGUUUUUCUACCUGAUUUAAUUUGUUUUGAUUAAGUUCAAAGCAGGAAAAUUUACUUUUACAUGCAAAAAAAACACAUUUUUUUGAAAAAGCAUACUUUCCACAGCACCAGCACCAACUUCUCCUUCAUGGCAAGGGGGGAAUGGGAGGCGCUUGAAAACAUAAUGGUCAAAUGACCACAAAUGUGUUCCGUUGCAUAGACACAGGGGAUGUCUCACAUUACCCGAUGUCCCACAUUACCCCGCUCUCCCCUACUAGCACUGUCCAGGUUGUUAACAAAAGGGUUAAAAAAUCAUAUUUUGUGUGCCUAGAACUUGUUUAUUUUUGCUGAGUUAUCAUGAGGGGCGUUGUGUAUCAUUCCUGCUACUGAUAAGAAAGUGAAUGGUUCAUGUUUAGUGAAAUUUAAAGAAUUUUUGUAGUGUUUAUAAUCUGGUCUAUUAGUGUUCUGAGACACUUGCAUAUUCUGUUGUGUUGGUUCUUUGUUUUCCCUAGAAGUUCAGAUACACUAGUCCAUUACUAUUUGAACCUCAGCAUCUGUUAUAAUUGAACACUUGAAAUAAAUCCUGAAGAGAACAAUUUUGGGUUGUUUUGUGUCUGUAUAAACCUACUAUAAAAAACACCUAAGUGAAUGCAUUUAAAAUGGUGGUACUUGUACUUUUACUUUUGAUACUUAAGUACAUUUCAACACCAGAUCCUUUAAUAUGAGCUACUUUAAAGGGGACAUAUAAUGGAAAUUCCACUUUUGUAGUGCUUCCACACGUAAAUUUGGGUAUCUGGCAUGUCUACCGACCCAAAAACUCUGGGAAAAAUGGGAAAUGGGAGUCUCUUUUACAUGGCCUUGGCCCGCCUCCCCCCACACUCAUUAUAGAUAUGAUACUUGCCAACGCACUUCACUUUGUUUUUGCAAACCUCGGAUACACCUGGAAUAGCUAGCUAGCAGCAUGAAGCAAAUUAAGCACUCAAGAUGCGCUGUGGUCGGCUGCACAGAUCCGCUCAGAUCUGUACAUAACGUCCCAGCCUCAGAAGACACUAGAGCGAAAGGGAAUAAAUUCAUAUUUAUAGUGCCUCUAAAAAGAAAAAUGUCAAGCAUAGUAAAUUAGCUUUGUGGUAUAAUUCCCAGACAAAUGAGUUAAAACAAUUAUCAAGAUAACUAGAAAGAAAGUGGCGCUCUAGCAACCAUGUUGAAACUCUCAUAGACUGGAAGAAUAGUGUUUAAGAAUAUAAAAAAGGCUCUCCACAAAGCAAGAGCUGCCUACUAUUCAAAACUAAUAGAAGAGAAUAAAAACAACCCCAGGUUUCUCUUCAGCACUGUAGCCAGGCUGACAGAGAUUCACACCUCCACCAAACCCAGUAUUAAUCGAUUCCUAACUAGCAAUAUCUUUGUGAUCUUUUUUAACGAUAAAAUUCUAACUAUUAGAAAUAAAAUCAUCCAUCUCCUGCCCUCAAUUAGCACUUAUAACCUUCCAACAACAGAGAUCUCAGAAACGGCUGAGAAUUCUUCCCAUUACUUGGUAAACUGAUCACCCGUGAUCAGUUUACCAAAAUAAUCUCAGGUUCUAAACCAACAACCUGUAUUUUAGAUCCCAUUCCUAUAAAAUUACAUAAAGAUAUUCUGCCCCUAAUUGAUAGUUUAUUACUUAACAUCUGUCAUUAUCAUCAGGUUAUGUACCACAGUCUUUUAAAAUAGCUGUAUUCAAACCCCUACUCAAAAAACCCACCCUAGACCCGGAGAUUUUAGCCAAUUACAGGCCAAUAUCUAAUCUCCCCUUCAUGUCUAAAAUCUUUAAAAAAGUUGUAGCCAAUCAGCUGUGUGAGUUUCUCCAGGAAAAUAAUAUAUCUCAGUACAGCAUUCAACACAAUUGACCAUAACAUUUUAUUACAAAGAUUUAAACAGUUAAUUAACAUUAAUGGAACCACCCUUACAUGGUUUAAAUCUUAUUUUUCUGAUCUCUCCCAAUUUGUGCAUAUUAAUGAUGAGUCAUCUGUGUGCACCAAAGUUAACCAUGGUGUUCCACAGGGCUCUGUGCUGGGCCCAAUUUUUUUCCCCAUUAUAUAUGCUUCCACUAGGAAGAAACAUUAUCAGGACACAUUCUGUAAAUUUCCACUGCUAUGCAGAUGACACCCAGUUACACUUGUCAAUAAAACCUGGACAAAGUAAUCAAUUAACUAAACUUCGAGCAUGUCUCAAGGACAUAAAAAACCUGGAUGACCCGCAGUUUUCUCUUAUUAAACUCAGAUGAAACAGAGAUUAUAAUACUUGGCCCCAAACACCUUAUCUAAUGAUAUAGCUGCACUAGACGACAUCGCCCUUGCUUCCAAUGAAACAGUCAUGAAUUUCGGAGUGAUCUUCGAUCCUGAUUUAUCCUUUAAUAAUCACUUAAAACAAAUUUCUAGGACAGCCUUUUUCCACUUGCGUAAUAUAAAAAAAUGUACUUUCGUAAAAAGAUGCAGAAAGACUAGUCGCCUUGUUACAUCGAGACUGGACUAUUGUAAUUCAUUAUUAUCAAAGAAAGCACAUUUCUCCAGUAUUAGCAUCGUUAAUUUUGGAAAGCUUCCGGUAACUUCCCAUGGGAAUAUUCAGCUUGGGAAUUAGGGUAUUUUGAAAAAAAAAAUACACGCAAAUUAAACGCUGAGCAAUAAAAACAUCAUUCAAAACUCUAUUUUUGUCACACCGUGGUGAGGUCUGUCUUGUCUUGGGUUUUUGUCUCGUAACUUCCUGUUUUAUUUUGAAAUCCUAACUCACCUCUCGUUUCAGGUCACUUGCCCUUCCUCAUGUGUCACUGAUUCCGGAUUGUUUCCACCUGUUCCCUUCACCCUCAUGUGCUUAUAGUCUGCGUCUCCCUUUUGUCUUGGGCCGAAGUGUUUCGUUCUUGUUCGUGCACCUAAGCCCUUCCACAGCCUUAGUCGUAUAUCUUGAUCUGUGCUACGCCACGUAAGUUGUUUUCUGUUUCCUCUAUGAGAGUGACUUUUGGUUUGUUAAAGUUUUCUAGUUUAGCUUCUUCUAAGCCUUUUCUUUUGUCCCGUUUUCAUGGUUUGGUUUUCCUCCUUCAGGAGCGCUUUUGAUUUCUUGUGUAGCUUUUUGUUUUGACCUCCUUCAGGAGCGAAUUGUGUUUUAUAACCUCCUUUUUUCUAGUGAGUGUUUAGAAUAGAUAAAGUGAGUUUUUUCAUAGCCCGAUCUAUUGUCACUCUGCAUAGAGGAACUGAUUCCAAUAAAGUGCUGGCACGUGAA